AUGCCUCGUCAUUGGACUGCUGAGGUGCCCAGCUCAGUCUUCGGCCUACAGGGCUCAUGCAUCGUGAUUCCCUGCUCAUUCUACUACCCAGAACCAAAGAUAAAGCCCUCUGAACUCACUGGCAUCUGGUUCAAAGGCGCUUAUGAGGUUAUAUACCACCCAGACAGCUCCAGCAUCAUCAAAGACUACAGGGGUCGUACAGAGCUGGUGGGAGACCUCCGGCAGAAGAACUGCUCACUCAGAAUCGACCCCCUCCAUCACAGUGACAAAGGACCAUUUACUUUCAGGCUUGAAAUCAAAGACCAUAGCAAAGCUUCAUACAAAGAUGACACAGUCUCCAUUGCAGUGAGCAGCUCUCCAGACCCCCCCUCUCUGUCAGAGAGGGAGGAGGUGAAAGUGGGGGAGGACGACACCUGGAGCCACUCUGGAACACCCAGCAUCCAAUCACAACAGCAGACCAACGGCCAGUGGGAAGAGACAUCAUCCAUGACUAUUAGAUCCACCAUCGCUGAUAACAACCAGCCUCUGGUCUGCACAGCAGCAUACAGGGGAGGGAAGACAGUGAGCAGCUCCAAAACGCUAAAUGUAAAAUAUGCCCCAGUGGAUGUGAAGGUUGAGGGAGUGUCCAGUGUGAAGGAGGGAGACUCUGUAGAGCUGAGAUGCUCCAGUGAUAGUAACCCUGCUGCCCACAGCUACCGCUGGCACAACAGCAGAGGGCCUCUGCCCACCAUGGGAUCUACCAUCACACUGGAGAGAGUGACCAGACUCACUGAAGCCCUCUACUGCACUGCAUCAACACAGAGGGACAAGGCCAAUCCAACCCCCUGUGAUCAAAGUGGACUCUGCCUGCACUUCAGACAGCUCCAUGAUAACCUGUCUGUGCAUUGUGGAUUCGGAGCCCCCCGGCACUGUGGAGUGGUCUCUUCCAGCAGGACCCCUGCCCAGUACCAGGGUGGAGAUGCAUGGGUCAGUUGCCAUGGUGACCCUACAGAGGGCACUAGGCUUCUCAGAGACCAUCCACUGCAAUGCCAGCAACACACAGGGCAAUGCCACCUUGUCCUUCACUGUACCCACAAAUGUGGGAAGAGUCAUGGUAUCCAGCCAGUAACCAGUAUGCAGGACAUGGAUGCAGCAAAGUGUGCUUCCUCAGAUCCCUCACCAUCAAGGAAAGAGCAGAAAGACUCCAGCAGUGAAAUCCACACAAACUACUACACCAACGAUCAGCUAUAUGGCAACAUGGAGGUACUGUAUGUACUGUAGACAGAGUGUGAAUUACACCAUGACAUUCAGGGGGUUCUCUAUUGAGUGCAUUCGCUUGCCCGUGCACAGUUUUUAUCGUAUAU